GCCUCGUUCUCUGUGGCGGCCUGUCACCAACCAGCCUCAUGGACUGGACAAGGCAGCUCCUGUUGAAGACGGUUAAGAUCCGGGGUAGAAGACAGGGGAGCCGGUGGGUGGUGGUGCUACUGUGGUACAGUACAAGCAGUGAUCAAGGGACGUUGGUUGCAGCAUUUCUGUGGAGCAAGUCCGCGUUUCGGCGAUAGCAGGACGUAUUUGAAGACAUGAGAUCACCCCCAAAGAGAAUGCUGAAAGAGACGGUGGUUCCAGGUACCAGGGUGUCUCCAAGAGCGUCUUCGUCGAUUUCCUCGGAGAGUGCAGGCCUGGUAGGUUCAGGAAGAGAGGUGCGAUUGUCGCCAUCAAGGUACGGGGCAAUCGGAUCAAGUCUGGCGCCGGACGGCUACGGAACGCUGCCGGGGAACAGGAGUUCUGUCCUGGACACGAGCACCCACACAAACACAAACACAAGCACAAACACAACACCGUUGGGACAAACAGACGAGGAAAGCUGCUGCGACCUUGAUGAUGAGGACGAAGACGACGUGGAAGAAGCCUCGUCCUCGUCGACUGACUUCUACACGAGCAACUCGCAUGUGAUGACUUCCCGAGUGGUCCCUCAUAUCCGGAGCCAGGACGAGACGGUCCCGUUUUCGGAAAAGUUUGGCUACUAUAUCCCCUGCUACAACUGGGUUAGCGAGUACAAACUGUCGUACCUCUCGUACGACGUGCUGGCCGGCUUGACUUUGGCGUCGUAUCAGAUUCCUCUCAGCAUGUCGUUUGCGACUGCAGUUGCCCACGUCCCGACAGCGUCCGGGUUGUUGGGGCUUUCCAUCGGGCCAAUUGUGUACCUCUUCAUGGGAACGGUGCCGCAGAUGAUUGUUGGACCGGAGGCUGCCGUGUCAAUGAUCAUUGGCCAAAACAUCGAAACCAUCACAAAGCACCACCCGGAGAUCGACCCGGUCGACAUCUUGUGCACUCUAACUUUUCUCUCAGGAGUGGUUUUGCUAGUCUUCGGUAUUCUGCGUUUUGGGUACAUGGACAAUGUGCUAUGCGGCACGUUGCUCCGAGGGUUUAUCACCGCAAUCGGCUUGUCGAUGAUUUUGAAUUCUGUCAUUUCCAUGCUGGGCCUUGAGCCGGUUCUCAAGCAUCUACCUUCCGACGUCCACGUGCAUUCUGCUGUGGAGAAAUUUAUCUUCCUUGCCACUCACUGGACAGAGUUCCACAAGAUGACGGCAAUCGUGGGGUUCACGUCGUUCUUCGUCUUGAUUUUUCUCUCUAAAACCAAGCAGUUGCUUGUGGUGAGGAAGUACAAAUCUGCCUCGUUUUUUCCAGAGAUUCUUGUUGUCAUUGUACUCUUCACUGUUUUCUCAUACCUUUUUGACUUUGAAGGCUAUGAGAUCGGCAUCAUUGGCCACGUCAGCCUGGAAGACUUCAAGCUCAGAAACCCCAUUUCACACUCGAAUCGGGAGUGGUGGGGGAAGUUGUUCCCUGUUUCAUUUGUGUGUGCUAUCCUCGGAUUUUUUGAAACUUCAACUGCAGGAAAAUCUUUAAGCUCUAUGCUAGAAAUGCCGGUCUCUUCAAACAGAGAGUUGGUUUCGUUAGGCACUGUGGGCACAACUGUGUCGCUGUUUGGUGCUCUCCCGUCGUUCGGAGGGUAUGCUAGAUCGAAACUUAACGCCAUGAUUGGUGCUAAAACGCCCAUUUCGGGAUGUGUCAUGGGCUUGACAACCUUGUUUGUUACGUUCAACUUCCUAAAUUAUGUUUACUAUUUACCUCUAUGUGUUUUGAAUGCGGUCAUUGCAACCGUCGGCUGGCACAUGAUUCAAGAGUCCCCAAAAGAGAUAAGUUUCCACAUUAGAACAAAAGGCUGGAACGAGAUCAUUACAUUUUUUGUCACACUAAGUGCCUCCUUAUACUAUUCCAUCGAAAUUGGUGUCGCUAUGGGUUGUUUCUACUCUCUCAUGCGGGUAUUGAAGCAUUCCACUCAAUCGAGAGUCCAGAUCUUGGCGAGAGUAGCAGGAACAGACACUUUUGUCAAUCCCGACUUUGAUGAUUCACCAAGUAACAACUUCUUCAAAUUUCCAAAGAGAUUGAUUGUUUCAGGUUAUAAGGAGUUUCGUCGUCAAUCAUUGGUUGACGAAAAUCCAACAGUAACGAUGUUGAAUGAAAUCCAGAAUAGUAGCAGCUCACAGAGUCAAGCGUCACAAGAUAGAGAUAAAAAUGCUGGAGUGCUAGCAAACAAUUUAGCAGAAACCAAAUUGGUGGAUGUUUUUCCUCAACUUGAAGACCGUGAAGGUUGUUUGAUAGUCAAAAUUGCAGAACCAUUGACGUUCUUCAACGCGAAUGACAUGAAGGGACGACUAAAACGUGUUGAAAUGUAUGGUUCAACGCAUGAGCACCCGGGCUCAAAGCAGAAGACCAACAAGAGUCUGAGACAUGUGGUUUUUGACCUUCACGGAAUGACAAGUAUCGAUUCUUCUGCCACACAAAUCUUGUACGAUAUUGUCAACAACUACCAAAAACGUGGAAUAAAUGUAUUCUUCUCUAGAAUCUUCAAGAGCAGGCAUCUAAUACAAAGACUGCGAGAUUCUGGUAUUGAGGGAUUACUUUCCAUUGUAGACGGUGAGGAAUUCGGUAUCAGACAAACCAUUAGACCGUACUACGACGACAUAUUGGAUGCGUUGAAGGCAAUUGAUAAGAUUGACAGCAGCUGCGAAUGGGAAACUCGAUCUUAUUUCUCCAACAUUGGCAUGGAUUGAUCUCAAUCCUGCUAAACUUUCAAGUUAUUCUUUUAAAAAAUGUAGCAUAAAACAAAAACAACUAUGUAACAAUAUCAAUCAUUCUAUUCAUGACUCUACGCUUUCUUCUGCCUUUUAACGUUUCUCUGGCUUUCAUCAUCAGCUUCCUCUUGUUCACUCAAAUCAAGUUCUUCGCCACUCUCGUCUUCGUCUUCAUCGUCUCCCUGCUCACCUAUUCCCGGGGCAGCAAGAACGUAGUAAUCCAAAGCUGCAGGGAAAAUGUCCUCAGCUAUUAAUGUUGCCAAUUCCUCACCAUUCCUAUACUCUUUGCCUGGCUUUCUACCAGACCACUGCCAAAAGGAAAAAAAAGAACGCAUCCCUUUUCUGUAUCUCUUUUUAUCAUCAUCUGAUAAUGUUCU